GAUCAGCUGUUUUGAAACGUCAUGUGAAUAGGCCUAUAUAGCAAAAGAGUAUGAUCAUAAAGGUUUAACAGAGAAAAUUUACUGUGUUCCCUUAAUUGAAGUUGAUUUAAAGUGGAAAAGGGCCCCACAUGUCGAGUUAAUGUUAUAAAUUAUAACUUAAAUAUGGCUCUAGUGGGGCCUUUCCCACUUUAAAUCAACUUUCAUUGAGGUUGUACUGCAAUGCUAGCUUUAUAUACACCAUUUCAAUCCGCAGUACCAGGCUUGGGGUGUUAUACAUCUUAAACGACAGGAGAGGGUUUUCCUGUGGAGGAGGGUUUGUUGCCAAAUAAGCGAUCAGCUGACUGUUUUCGAUCUAUUCCUCUUCAUAUUUUUCUAUAUACAUAAAUAAGUAAACAGUAUCAUUCCAUUCAUGAAAUUUUAGUAUCAGAAGGCAUCGACGAUGUACAAACCUUCAUGGACCUGAACGACAACGAUUUUACACGCCUUCAUCUCAAAACCAAAAUUAUAAAACAUAUCCAGCGCAUUCAAAACGAAAUUUCGCAAGGGCCCGAAAUUGAAGAAUUUGUUGUAGAACAACUCGACGAAGAAGAAGAUAACCACGAAGAGGAGAUUGCAGAUGUUGCUGAAUACAACUCAGAUGAAGAGGAUACAGGUGCCACUGAAGAAAAUCCGUACAGUGGAAUUCGGCUGGAGGAAAUAAUCAACAUUAAUCGGAUUUUCAAAAGAACAGUACCUGGGCAGAACAUCAUGGAAACAUUGAAGCAAGGGCUCAAGCCUAACGAUAAGGUUCUGACUCAAAUUAAAAAUGUCUUGUGCGAUUAUCUGAGGUCAUCAUACGGAGCGCGCCCCUCGGCUUUCCAUAAAAAUCUGGUCGCACGUUCACUCGUGGAGACUUAUCCGAUAUUACGUUCAAGUAACGCGAACGUACCUCAAGCAUUGUGGUUCCAUCAACAUGCCAGAGGACCACAUAGACAUUCGGGAAGAUUGCAUUAUCACCUUGAAUAUCUCAUUCGGAAGUCUACAGACAGGAAAAUUGUCCGCAGCAAACAGGUUACAGAAGGAACUUCGAAAACUGAACCUCAAGAACUAUUGGAUUAUGAUGAACCAGAAGAGAAUGUUGAAGAAUUGAUCGGAGAACUGAAAUUUCUUUGCCCAACUCCAAAAACACAACCGCGCGCUGAGGAGUUGUGGAUGAAAACUUUCAAUGAGCGAGAUCGUGUCCGAAAAUCUGGGGAGUUCCACAAAUAUCUGGAAGAUUUUCCAGUGGCCACUUGUUUCGAUGGUAAAUUGCUCAAGCUCGACUUUCAAAAGCUUUACCCUGCCGCUCCUAAAUUUUGGGAUAGAUUUGAGGACUUAAAACCCAAGGUGCUAACUACAUACUCAAGCACACUGCAACAUAUUGGAAAUGAAACCAUCAGGACGCUCGGAAUAAUCCGGUUGAAAAACCCUACUCGUGGAAUGUAGCGUACCAUUCAUGGAAAUGAUUCGAACGACAAUCCACUUAAUGGAAUUGUUGAAUGGAUUCAGUACGAUGACCCAAUGCCUGUUAAUGAGAGCGACAACCCUAUUCUAUAUAUGAGAGGAAACUUUCCGGACGACAACUGCGAAGGGACCAUUUCCUGGAGAAAAGUCAGGAUCGUGGCGAAGCAAGAUUUUUUUUAUUGCUUUGAACUGCUUUGUCAGACGAUUCUUGUUUUUAACUCUGCGUGCAAGCCAACAGAUAGGCAAUUUUUCACUCUUCUUAAAGCGACACUGAUGGGAGUCAAUACUCUAUCAACCACAGGGGAGAAAUUUAUGAGCACUUUGUAGGGAGCUCAUGACCACAUGACAGGGUUCUGAAUGAAUAAUUUGAACGUUGAGUUAUCGCACGCUAACAAAUGUAAUUUUGCCAUUUGAAAAGA